UGUGUGUGUGUGUGUGUGUGUGCGUGUAUGUACCACUACUGUCAAUCAGUUUCUGAAAAUCCUGACAGAUUAUUAUAGGCAAAAGAGAGAGAGGAAAAAGAAAAAAGGAAGAAGAAAAAUUGUAAGUAAGAAAAUGGCGCAAGUGAGAAGAAUCAAGCUCAGUUCACAAGGUCUAGAGGUAUUGGCUCAAGGACUUGGCUGCAUGGGCAUGUCGGCCCCUCCAAAGCCUGAAUCCGAUAUGAUAUCUCUCACCCACCACGCCAUCAACUCCGGAGUCAUUUUCCUUGAUACCUCCGGCAUCUAUUGUCCUUUCACCAACGAAAUCCUUCUUGGAAAGGCACUGAAAGAUGGAGUGAGGGAAAAAGUAGAGCUUGCUACUAAAUUUGGUAUCAGGUUUUCUGACAGAAAGAAUGAGAUUCGCGGCGAUCCUCAGUAUGUGAGAGCAGCUUGUGAGGGCAGUUUGAAGAGGCUUGGUGUUGAUAGCAUCGAUCUCUAUUACCAGCAUCGGAUCGACAGCCGGGUCCCAAUUGAAGUCACGGUGGGGGUGCUAAAGAAACUGGUUGAAGAGGGUAAAAUAAAAUACAUUGGUCUAUCUAAGGCCUCUGCUGCAACAAUAAGAAGAGCUCAUGCUGUUCAUCCAAUAACAGCCGUGCAGUUGGAGUGGUCCUUGUGGUCGAGAAAUGUUGAGGAAGACAUAAUUCCUAGCUGCAGGUGAGGCUUAAUAGAAAAGUAAGUAAUUUUAUUCAUAAAGUAGCUACUCAUGUCCUAAUGCUUUAUUUCUAUACUUUGUUAGGGAACUUGGCAUUGGCAUUGUAGCAUACGGUCCUUUAGGUAGAGGGUUCCUAUCAUCUGGAUCCAAACGGUCUCAUCCGUGCUUUGUAUGUUGAGUGAGUAUGCCUUUCAAGAGUGAGGAACUCCUCUAAAUAUGUAAGAGAGAACAUCAUAUAGUCUUUGGCUUGCUCCUUUUUCUUUUCUUCUUUCCAAAUAAUCCUCAAUCCUUUUUUAUAAGCAAGCAAGGGUCUGCUUGAGGAUUCAACUGUAAAAUAGCUUAUUGCCUUGAAGAACUAUACUUUAAAGCUGGGAUUCUUAAGCCAAUCUAGAAGCUCUUCAGCUGAGUAAUCUUGAAGAGGUUUUGAAGGUUUGUUCAAACCUAUGCAGGCUUUUCUUUUGCCUUUGUCCUGAUCAUUUUCCAUCAUCUCGCUUGCCUUUUUGACAAUGACUUGCAACUUAUUUCUUUUUUCUCCAACAAUGAUGGGUGAAUUCAUCUUCAUUAGACAAAUAAUCCAUGUAACAGUCAUAACCUGGUUCACACAUAGAGGGAUCACAAUCCCAGAUGAAGUGUCCAUCUAUGUGAUUGAUGUAGAUUGCCUUUCCAUCAAGUUUGAAUUGGUGAAUGGGAAUCUGGUCUAUGGGUGAAUCAGCCUAAUAGUCUGUAUUAUAAAUUGAGAUCAUCAUCGUUUGGAAUGUUCCUUUUGGAGUUGUGGAUGGCUCAGGCUACGAGAAAGUGGCUUUGAUAGAAUCGCCUUCCUUUCUUCUGAAAGUUAGGUCCAUGGAGACUAGAGGCUUAGCUUGGAGAGCUUGUAGCUGGAGCUUCUCGUAGUUCGUAAUCAUUUAAAUGGGAUUAUCUUUUGCAUUUAUUCUGUUGAUAUUUUUCAGGGAAACGGGAUGAUAGAUACGCCUUCUUCAGAGCCACAGUCUGAGUUAAUAAAGACUAGAUCUGUUUUAAAACCACUGAUAUAUAAAUUUAAGGCAUGGUUCUGAAGGUGAUAUGCCAGCUUGUAAUGUAGAGUAGCAGCAAAGCUUUCAACAAUCUAUUCAGCUCUAUGUAAUCGUACCUAAAUCUUUAGGAGUUCAAGUAGCUUAGGUUCUUUUACUGGAAUGUUAAAAUUUAGGUAAAAUGUUAGGACAAUACUUUCAUCAUUUAGCGUUCUUAGUAUUGUACCUAUGGCAACAUGUUCAUACUGUACAAUAGUAUGGUUUAACAGAGCUAAUCUAGCAGUAACUGGAAGACCCGUUCUUCCAUGAAGAGUCAAAA